AUGUCUGCCGAUCGAGGAAACGUGGUUUUACGGACGAAUCUGGGAGAGAUAACUCUGGAAUUGUAUGAUGACCAUGCUCCGCGGACAUGCAAAAACUUUCGCGAGCUUGCAAAGCGCGGAUACUACCGAAAUGUGCUAUGGCAUCGCAUUAUACCCGACAUGAUGUGCCAGUCGGGUGAUCCUACAGGAUCUGGGAGGGGAGGGACUAGCAUCUAUGGACCAUACUUUGAUGACGAAAUCCACCCAGAGUUGCGGUUUGUAGGCGCGGGUAUCCUAGCAAUGGCCAACGCAGGCCCGAACACGAAUAUUCGCGAGAAACCGGAACGACUGACGUUUUUGUUUUGGUCGCUAGGCAGUCAAUUCUUCAUUACGCUUGCGCCGACGCCAUACUUGGACGGCAAGAACACUAUCUUUGGCCGCGUGAGCAAUGGACUAUCCGUCGUACGACGUCUGGGAUCAGUCGCAACUGAUUCACAAGACCGGCCCAAAGAGGAUGUCAAGAUAUAUGAAGCACUAGUGAUCGAUGAACCUUAA